UUUAAUAAAGAAUAAUAGUUUGCUUUAGGGUUUCCUGAUUUCAGAACCAGAAUAAAAGGAGGAUAGAAGCUGUAAGAAAAUCAUUAAGUACUAAUGCAUUUUAAAGGCCUCUUAAAAUUUAGUUGUUUAUAGCUUUUACGUAACACCAAAUCAUUCCCAUUAGUCCACAUACACUUAAAAAUCACCUGAGAUUAGUUUUAAAACUGUAUGUUCGCUUGAACCCCAACUAGGCAUUAUUCAAAAAUAAUUUAAAAGGCAUUCUAGUGUACUGCACUUAUUCUUAGAAUGAGACAAAAAUAACAUCCUGCUACUGCUUCAAAGUUUCGGAAAAGCGGGAUUUCAAACUUUCCGCUAGCAACCCUGACUGUAGGUCAAGUCAAAUCCCCAGCCGAGCACCCCGUAGCGUUCCGGUAACAGGGAGCACACAGGCCUCUUCUGUUGCUAGGAGAACCUUCUAUUUUUGGGGCAGAAAGCGCAACCCUGACGGCGCAGCGCGUGCGCCCACCGAGCAAUGCGCCGCGGGCCCAUGUCCUCUCGGACGGGUCUAAUGGCUGCGGGGUCCUCCCGCGCUCCGGUCUUCAGGGUUAGCCCGCCGGCCGGAAGGCGGGGCUCAGGGGUGGCGGGUCGCCUCCCUCAUCCCCGAGACCGAGUGCUUCCGCCGCCCCUGCUCCCCAGCUGCGUUUUAAAACUUGCAGUAAAAAAUGUCGAGCAACGCCACGUCGCACAAACGAGAGUUGGGGGGCCAGUGUGUGUGAUGUCCCCAAAUGGUUCAGAAACUCGAGAGUCGGGGGUCGUCGGCACCUCACCCGCUCAUCACCAGUCUAGGCCGGAGAGACUCGGCCCGGGGGGAGGUCGCAGGAAGCGGCGGGGGCGCGCGGGGCCUCCUCUCCCCCGCCCAACGCGCCGCGGGGGCUGGAGGCGGCAAGGACGCGGCGACCGGGCUAAGACGGGCUCUCCUAGGAGACCGGCCCCGCAACAAGAUGGCGGACGAUAAAGAAAGGGAAGGCGCAGAGUUAGCAGUAGCAGAAUUUCACAAAAAAAUCAAAGAAGCUUUUGAAGUGUUUGACCAUGAGUCGAAUAAUACAGUGGAUGUGAGAGAGAUUGGAACAAUUAUCAGGUCACUAGGAUGCUGCCCUACUGAAGGAGAGCUACAUGAUCUGAUUGCAGAGAUAGAGGAAGAAGAACCCACUGGAUACAUUCGAUAUGAGAAGUUUCUUCCAGUGAUGACUAAGAUACUACAGGAAAGAAGAUACAGACCAAUUCCAGAAGAUAUCCUCCUUCAAGCUUUUGAGGUAUUAGAUCAGUCUAAGUGUGGGUUUCUUUCUAAGGAAGAACUGAUCAAGUAUAUGACAGAAGAAGGUGAACCUUUUUCUCAGGAGGAAAUGGAAGAAAUGUUGUCUGCUGCAAUUGAUCCAGAAUCGAAUUCAGUUCAUUACAAGGACUAUAUAACAAUGAUGGUGAUAGAUGAUAAUUAAAUGCUCCAAAGACUUAA